UGUUAGUGUGUGUAAGUAUUGUAUUGUAAUUUUAUUGUUUCUGGAUUUAUACAUUAUACAAAAUAAUAAUUUGUAUUAAAACUGGAUUGUCGUGUCAUUAUUUUUUGGAAAUUUAUACAUAAUUAAAUUUAUGCUUUUACCACUGACAAGGGUAGGCUUUUAAUUUACUGGUAACACUGGAGCUGUUAUUCCUAACGCGCAAAUCAGAGGCGAGUAACCGCGUAAUACUGACAAAAAUAAAUCCAACAUAAACGAAACCCGUGAAACCUACGGGUACUCGAAUAUCAUCAUACACUGGUUUUUAUGUGAUGACGUUUGCCGGAGCUUGGUAAGUGUAAAUAAUGCAUAUCCUGCGCGCGCAUUUCAAACGUCAGUGAGUUGAGUGAGUCAGUCGAUCUGUCAACAAAGCCCAAAUAUAUUGGAAUAACAAAAAUAUAUUAAAAUAUUACGUAAUUAAGACGUAUGUCAAUAAUUAAUAUAGCGAAAAAUAAACUCGAUAAUUAAAAUGAACGGCGGAAAUUCUGGAGCGGUGUUUUUCCUAGGGACAAGAGCACAUUAUCAGGUCCUUAAUCAACCCGACCGUCCCUUUGAUGUGGAAAACGGGAACUCUUCUCAGACUGGCUCCACAGCCAGCUCUCUCUGGCCCGACACGGACUCGCAGAACAACGAGCGAUGGUGCAACGACAACGAUAUUAACGUAAACGAAGACAAAGACACUGGAGUGAAAAGGAGAGCCAAACGAAGACCGAGCGAGACAGCGCUAUGCGAAGACAUGAGACCGGCGCAGCUGAACGGCAAUGCUAACGACAGUGACACUCCAAAAUCCAAAGGCCGUCGCGUGAACUUUUUCAACGCAAUAACAUCACUCGCGCGACGCAAACGUCGCUUACAGUCGCACACCUACCUGAAACACUUGGCCGCCCUCACUACAUGCACUUACAGGGACUCGUGCAGGUGUCUGGAGUGUCAGAGCCGCUACUUCGAAUGCGACGAGGACGAGGAAUCCUCGGAAGAUGAUGAGUAUGAGUAUUACGCCGCUCUCUACGCGAGUCAGGUCAGAAACAAGUGUCAGCAUGAUGAUGAUGACGAGGUAUUUAUCGAUACUGUGCCUGCAGACAACGCGUCGACGGACAUGUUGCUGGAUGCCGACGAACCUAAAGAGAAGUCCGUCUCGUCGGACAAUGUGUCCGAUAAUACGGAACCUGAAGCCGACGCGCAUCUCGAGCUAGAGGUGGCAGCUGGCACGCCGAUAGUCCUCAAUUAUUUGCUAACCCAUCCUUUCCACUGCUGUAUCCAGUAGAACAGAAACAUCGUAUCUGGGGGCCUACCGCGAAAACCGAAAUUCGCAAAUUGCGGGGAUGUUUCUCUUUUACUCUCACUAAGACGAAAUUAGAGUGACAGAAAAAUGCCCGCAAUUGGCGAACUUCGUUUAUCGCGGUAACAGCCCUAACCCUGAGGGCCUACCGCGAACCACGUUCGACGUGUUGCCUCUCUGUCGCACUUGUAAAUUCGGACGUAAAUGUGACAGGGAAGCAACAACGUUGAACGUGGUUCGCGGUAGGCCCUCUGGGCUACAGCCGCGAAAAUCGAAGUUCGUCAAUUGCGGGAAUUUUUCUCUGUCACUCUAAUGAUGUCUUAGUGAGAGUAAAAGAGAAAAAUCCCUGAAAUUUGCGAAUUUCGGUUUUCGCGGUAGGCCCCCUGACCAGCUGGGUUAUCGGGCUUUCGCCGACCGACUUGGUCAUUGACCGAUCAAGCACGAAGCAUCUCCAUUUCAGCUUGGGCAAUUCAAUUAGUAUACGACCAAAACCGAACAUUCGAUUUUGCUCUAGUUUCGACCGAAGGUUCGCUAUACAAUCUAGGCAUGAUUUUUGCGCCGAAACCGGAACUUCGGUUGGACACAAAGGUUCGGUAGUUUUUUGGUUGAAACCAUAGUCUUGUUUUUAGGGUUCCGUAGCCAAAUGGCAAAAAACGGAACCCUUAUAGAUUCGUCAUGUCCGUCUGUCUGUCCGAUUAUGUCACCGCCACUUUUUUCCGAAACUAUAAGAGCUAUACUGUUCAAACUUGGUAAGUAGAUGUAUUCUAUGAACCGCAUUAGGAUUUUUACACAAAAAUAGAAAAAAAAACAAUAAAUUUUGGGGGUUCCCCAUACUUAGAACUGAAA